UUCGAUAGUUUGAUUUAGCCAAUCAUCUUUGAGCGUGCGAGGAUUUAAACUAAGAUACGCUGUGUCGCUUUACAGCGUCGCCUCGUUCUUCCACAAACGCUGCGUGCUCAGGAGCAAACGACAUUUUUUGAGUAAAAAUGGCCUUUCGUGGUACAAGAAACCGCAUGGCUUCCACUAGGACUGACCUCGUUGGAAAGGCGUGCGGACCCACAAAGCCGCGAGCAGCACUUGGGGAAAUUGGAAACGUCCAGGCUAAUAAAGAGCCACAAAAUAAGCCUUUAAAGGUCAAGGCUGUGAAGAAGGUCAAGGCUCCUGCUCCAAAGGAGAAUGCUCCUGCUCCAAAGGAGAAUGCUCCUGCUCCAAAGGAGAAGACCGAGCCCAAACCAAAGAGUCUUCCUGUGCUUCAGGUUGUUCCUGAGUCUGUCUCCCCAACCCCGAUGGAGACUUCAGGCUGUGAGCCCGCUGACCUGUGUCAAGCGUUUUCUGAUGUUAUUAUUGAAACUGCUGUCCGGGACGUGGAUGCAGACGACUGUAACAACCUAGUGUGCUGCAGUGAAUAUGUGAAGGACAUCUACAAGUACAUGCGCCAGCUGGAGGCUGACCAGAAUGUUCGAGCUGCUUACCUCCAAGGCCAGGAGGUGACUGGUAGCAUGCGUGCGAUACUUGUAGACUGGCUAGUCCAAGUCAACCUCAAGUUUCGCCUGCUGCAGGAGACCAUGUACAUGACUGUGGCAAUAAUUGACCGUUUUCCGCAGGAACAGCCGGUCGUCAAGAAGAAGCUGCAACUGGUUGGAGUAACAGCCAUGUUCCUUGCAUCAAAGUACGAGGAAAUGUACCCGCCAGAGAUCUCCGACUUUGCCUUUGUGACUGACAGGGCGUACACCACUGCUCAGAUCCGAGAGAUGGAGAUGACCAUUCUGCGGGUGCUCAAAUUCCAGCUGGGUCGCCCUCUUCCUCUGCACUUCCUCCGAAGAGCCUCAAAGAUUUAUGAAGUAACUGCAGAGCAACACACGCUGGCCAAAUACUUGCUGGAGCUGACCAUGGUGGAUUAUGAAAUGGUUCACUUGCCACCUUCACUGGUGGCGUGUAGUGCAUUGGCGCUAACACUGAAGCUAUUGGACGCUGGAGAAUGGGAUGUGACGCUGCAGCACCACAUGGAUUACAGCAGCGACAUUUUGAUGCCCGUCAUGGCUCACAUUGCCAAGAACGUUGUGAAGGUCAAUGAAGGGAAAACCAAACAUUUGGCUGUCAAAGGAAAGUAUUCAACCUCGAAGCAGAUGAAGAUUGCGCUGAUUCCGCAGCUCAAGUCGUCGUUGGUAAAAGAACUUUCAAUGCAGCUCACACAAUGAGCACAUUUUUGUUGCUCAUCUUGUACAAAACUGUCCAAUGUUCUUAAUAUUUGUAGAUUUUUUAAAGCUUUUAUUGCAACUUCUUUUUAAUCAUGUGACUUUAAUCUUCCUUGCAAACUUGUAGUCUGAGGUGAAAAUUAAACUUUUUUUUUUCUCAAGGUCUUAA